AUGGAUGACUCUCAGCAUUACCCUCCCCGGGUCUGUCGCAUCUGCCUAGAAUCAGUGUUGCCUACCUUCCAACCCUCAGAAUUCCUCCAGAAACCUCGAGUGGUUUAUGAAUCCUCCGACCCAGAAUCAGGUCGUCUCCUUAGUCCUUGUCAAUGCAAAGGCUCCUCGCGUUAUGUCCACGAGGGUUGUCUGCAAGCAUGGCGCCAUGCCGACCCAAAAUACGGGACCCGAAACUUCUGGCAAUGUCCCACCUGUGGCUUCCAGUAUCGCCUCGAGCGUCUGACCUGGGCUCGGUGGAUCAGUAGCGCCACUAUGCAACUAAUUCUCACUCUCGGCAUUCUUUUGUUAACCAUUUUCCUGCUUGGAUUCAUUGCUGACCCCAUCAUUGAUUUUUACUUGGGCCCCGUGGACGAUUACGUCGAUCUGGUUGAGAAAGAUGCGUCUUGGAUUGAACACUUCAUCAAAGGGCUAGCGUCGCUUGGUCUCUUGUCAUUUCUCAAGGCAGUCUUUGCACUCUCGCCUUUCCCAUGGAAUAUGCGCUCUGUCGCCUCGGGUCGGAAUUCUGGCCGUAACCGCGCCGCCCAGUUAAAUUGGCUGGUCAUUCUGGUCGGCGUUGGUACUUUCCUAUGGGCUGUCUACAAAGGUGUUCGCUCAUGGAGUAGACGGACUCUAGAAAAGGCCGGUGAAAAGGUCAUGGAUGUUCCAACGUCCGAAGAUGAAGUUGAGACUGAGCCAGAUCACGAACCUAGUUCUAAGCAAGAUUGA